GAUGUCGUUCAAUUCUCAUUUUUCACCACAUGAUUUUUAUAUCAAUCAAACCGCCCUACUCCAGAAACAGGGCAUUCGAUGGAUUAGGCCACACCAUUGGCGCAUAUUCGGCAGGCUAACACUCAAUUUAUAAAGUUAUUUUAUCAGUGGCUCUUCUGGAACCGCUAUGGGGGGUAAAGAGUUAAUUGAUUAAUAAUUUUUCUUGUUUUUUUUAUCCAAAGAUGUAUCGAUUUUCUCGUGGAAGAACAAAACCACAAGCUAUAUUAAUGCUUUGUUCAUUAUUAAUGUUUAUUGUGGUGGCAAUUAAUGUAUUUGUUUAUUUGCUUAUUCCACAAUAUGCAAUUUAUGGUGAUCAAUAUUAUUCAUCAAUUAGUAAUGUAUGUCAAUAUUAUUUAUUCUAUCUGAAUAAAAUUACUAAAUUAAAAAAACCGAAUGAAUUAAAUAUGUCAGAGAUUGAUAAUGAAAAAAUUGGAUUGUAA